GCCCACUUCGUGACUCUUCUUUGAUGGUAAUCGCCCUUCUACACUUUCGUUCUUCUACUUCUGGUAGGACCUUCAGAACCGUGUCAAAAGUUUUAACGUGUGUUUGAAGACUUCACUCUUUAAGUGGAGACGAGCAUAACUCAAACUGAUAUGAGGAGUUUAUUAAGCAUUUUAUGUCACGCCUUAUACCACUUAUAUGUCAUGUGAGGUAUUUCAGAAGAGUUUGGCGUGUUAUAACUGUCUACUUGGGUGAAUGGCUGAAUUAAAAGCGUCAGGAAAAGAUUUAGUGAACUCAUUUGUGUGAAAAUAUGGGCGAUGAAUCGAAGUCAACGGAUCGGGAGGUAAACGACAACUUCACAAAUGCAGCGGUGACCGACGAAAACGCGCGUUUGGAGCCUCCAGCAACGCGUCUGUAUAAGAAGAGAUGGCUUAUAGUGUGUUUAUUCAGCUCAUAUUCGCUCUGUAAUUCAUAUCAAUGGAUCCAAUACGGAAUUAUCAACAACAUCUUCAUGCGCUUCUACGGCGUCAACUCUUUCACCAUCGACUGGAUGUCCAUGAUUUACAUGCUAACGUACAUUCCGCUCAUUUUCCCCGUUUCGUGGCUCCUGGACAAGAAAGGGCUGCGGGUCAUCGCGCUCGUGGCUGCGGCUCUGAACUGCGCGGGCACGUGGGUCAAGGUGGCCAGCGCGAGACCCGACUUGUUUCCGGUGACGUUUCUCGGUCAGUUCAUUUGCUCGGUCGCUCAGGUGUUCAUCCUCGGGAUGCCCUCGCGCAUCGCGUCCGUCUGGUUCGGUUCGGAUGAGGUGUCCACCGCGUGCUCCAUCGGGGUCUUUGGAAACCAGUUGGGAAUUGCCAUCGGCUUCCUCGUGCCACCGCUCCUGGUUCCAAAUGUGGAUGAUAUGGAUGAGCUGGCAGGUCACAUCAGAAUUAUGUUCUACAUCACGGCGGGCGUGGCCACUUUCCUAUUUGUCUUGGUUGUGAUUGUGUUUCAGGAUUGUCCAGAGAUCCCCCCCACACACGCCCAGGCCGCGGCCCGUCAGAUUUCUCCGGAAAGCUACUCGUAUACCGAUUCCAUCCUCAGACUGCUCCGCAACAAAGCCUUCAUCCUCCUCGCCAUCACUUACGGGUUGAACGUUGGCUGUUUUUAUGGUGUCGGUACACUUCUCAACCGCAUGAUCAUCGAACACUAUCCUGGAGAGGAAGUGAACGCGGGCCGGAUCGGACUCACCAUCGUGAUCGCGGGCAUGGUGGGUUCCCUCAUCUGCGGUAUCUGGUUGGACCAAUCCAAAACAUACAAACAGACCACUCUAGCCGUCUAUCUGAUGUCCUUUCUGGGUUUGGUGCUUUUUGCUUUCACCUUAAAUCUGGAUUACCUUUGGGUGGUGUUCAUCACGGCAGGAACCCUCGGGUUCUUCAUGACGGGAUAUCUUCCUCUCGGCUUCGAGUUUGCUGUUGAACUGACUUAUCCAGAGUCCGAGGGAACAUCUUCGGGACUGCUGAACUGCUCCGCACAGGUGUUUGGGAUCAUAUUCACAAUCUCUCAGGGGAAAAUUAUGGACUCGUUUAAUACUCUGGCCGGAAAUCUCUUCCUUUGUGUCUUCCUGCUCAUUGGAACCAUCAUGACAGGUUGUAUUAAAGCAGAUCUGCGCAGACAGAUGGCAAACCAGCAGGCACUGACAGCUGCAUCAGCAGGCAGGUCAGACGUUAAGGAUCACAGCGACGCUUCUCUCCUCCCGUCCACACACAUCUGAUCAAUCACUCACUGUCUGAUUUUAUCACACACUGGGGUUCAGGUACUGGCGACAGGCACCAAUCCGCUCCUUUAAUUCACAAUCAUUGACACAUGUUGAUUAUGGCUUCUGCACUGAUGAACACGUGCUUCCCUUUUUUUUUUUGACGAAACUUUGAUCUGGAGCUCUAUAUGCAUGUAUCAUAGCUAAAUUUCUUCUGUUGUUUAUUGUAUUUAGCCUUUUUAAUUCAUGUGAAUCUCAGGUCUUCAGCUGAUAUGUGAAUUACAGACAUGUGUGUGUGUGUUACAAACAGACAGGGGCCACUGUUUCACACACUGUAAUGUUUAAUACUGUACUGUGUUUUGUUUAUAGGAACGUUUGGACCGAACGACUGCACAACCUUCUGUCAUAAAUGAGGCCAAACUUUAAACAAGUGCACAUCUUUUCCCUCAAAAUGUGAUCGAAGAACGGAUCUGUUUUAGAGUUUUUAGAUUAUUUAUCUAUAAAUUUGUGAGUGUCGUUUUAUUUCAGUCGAGGCUGAAAUGUUUUAUGUAUUGUGCAUCAAUCUGAUGUUUUAUUUGUGUGUAUGUGUAGUUGAACACAGACAGGUUGUUUUGCUAUUUAAGUAUGUUUGUAUAAAAUUAUUCUUUUUAUUUUUGUCUGAACGGAUCAUCUCAAGAUAUCAUCUCAUAUCUUAGUUUUAACAAAUGCAAAUUUGAAAUAUUCAUGUUAACAUUCUCUAAUGAAAUCCACAAGAAUUCAGAAAGUAUCAGUGUUAUAAAUGACUAAAGCGUGGAAAUAAGCUUAACAAAGAUGAGUCUAUGAAAAAUCUAUGCAGUGAUAUAAAUUAUUGAUUACAGUUUUCUAGUUUGCCUGUUUUGUAUUUUUUUACCUAAUCGAGUUUGUGAAAAAGCCAAAUUUUAAUGAAUAAAACAUAAAUACUUAAGAUUUA